ACCUACUUCCCUUGCAGGUUUGUACCUUACAUUGCCAAUGUCCCAGAAGCCACAGACGAGACUCUGCGCCAGUACGCCACCGACUGUCUACAGUACACAGUGAAAGGGCUGGACGAGGCACUCAAGGGCGGCAAUUUCCCACUGCUCUCUGACAACAAAGAUGUUAGUUGUUUCUGCAUGAUCUGCUAAUUUUUAAAACUUCGUGGGUUUCAGUCCUAUACAUUUUUUCCCUUUCACUGUCUAUUACUUCCGCAAAGGUUGAGUGAGGCUGAUUUGGAGGGAGAGCAAUUCUCAUUUUGAUCUUUAUUUCUUUGGAAUUCGAGGUUGUUUUUUGUGGGUUUUUAUUUAGAAUUGCCGAUUGUAAGCAAUUUAGGUCUGUGGUGUAAGUUUUGAAAAAUGUCUAUCCACGAAGGAGACAUGGGCUUUGGUUUUACAGAUUGUUGUAAUAUCAGAAUAUUGUUAUUGUUAUGUGCUUAAUUAUCUAAUCUUGUUUUUCUUAACUAAGGAGUAAAAGGCGACUUUUGAACCAUUUUUAAAAACUCUCCUAGUUCUGAAACAGCAACCAGAACACACCCUUUUAAAGUGAUAGCUAGAUUUUUUAUUUGCAGUAUUUUGAUUAAGACGGUGGUCCAACCGUUGUGGGAAUAACUAAAAUGCUGCUUGAUCUUGCUAGGAUAAGAACAAGAACGUUAUGCUUGCUUGUUAUUGGCAAAGUAAAAUGUUUACAAUAUUUGAAACAGUUGCGCGAUAGUUAGAAUGCGUUAUUUGAAUGUUAGCAGGUACAGCAACAGGAAACCCUGGCGGAUGGAUGGUGUUGUAUAUUGCAGCUAUUUGAAGCUAUCUCAGAGAAAUAGAAUGACUAAUAUGCGCAUCUUGUGCAGUGUUAAAAAGUAUCCAUUGGUUUAAAGGAUCAAUCACUUCUGGUUCCUCGUAGCAAAGAAUAACACUUUCAUAAAAGAAAAAAAAAUGUCGGUGACAGACGUCCUGCAGACAAAUUUAUAGUUACAUGAACUUACGUCUGUGAAAAACCAAAGUAUCUUGGAACACUUUAUGACCUGCAUAGUCCAGUAAUUAGAGUAGUUACUGUUACCUCCUGUGAGAGGUGGCAACCAGUUCAAUUCAGUCUUUAGAAACGAAUCAACGUGCUUCAUAUUUUGUGAUUCCCUGGACAAAUUUCCAAUUUUUGUUUUAACUGUUGCCAAAGCCACACUAUUACAAAGAAAACGGCACUUCCCCAGGUUGUCGCCGACGCGCUGAAGGAGUUCCGAUUCAAGGCAGCUAAAUCUUCCGACGAAGACCUAACUAAGGCAUGUCAACUUCCCAACUCUGGGUUGGCAAAAACUCUGAAGAAAAUUUUCCCUCCGGCCGGCACAAGCACAGAUCCCAGGGGUAUACCUUUUUAUUGUCUGCUAUGUUCGGCGUGUUUGUUCUGGCUAAUUAUGUGAAAUGGUGGACAGGGAAUACAACAGUAGCUCCAUAGUUUUUACUGAAGUUUAAGAACUAUAGGAUCAAAUAUAUUCUUUUUCUUGGGAAAAAAACCCCAACUGUGUCCAGGCUUACACUCGAACGGGUUUUCAUGUUUGGAAUACUGUCAAGUUCUCUUUCUUCAGUUUACUUAUUAUUUGUAAAGUUGUACAAGUAAAGUACUGGUAUUUUAACUUCUUGGGUGGAGACCGUAGUCUAUUUGAGGCCGGUGGGAGGCAGUUUACCAAGAUGCAUGCUGCUAAUGCUCUUGAAAUUUUGCUGUGUAAAUCAAAAGACAUAACUUUCAAUUGUAACUUAACGUAGACUCUUUUGUUUUACCUCACUCUUGAACUUGUUUUUCCCGUCUCUAUAACAGCUGUGAGUGGUAUUAUGGCGUCCAGCAGGGCGGAACUGAGUCAAGAUCGACUUCUUGACAGUCUCAGCUCUACAGAGAUCUUAAACGCUGCGUUGGAAAUAGUCAAGUACAACUUUCCUGACGGCAAACACACCGUGUUAGAAGUGGACGCAGCCAGCAGUAGGAUGUACAGGUGCACACUCCACCAGAGAUAACAAAUUGAAGGGGGUUUCAUUUCAGAGCGUUUCUGUUUCUAUUUCUAACGGAUUCUUUACCUGUGUCCAAUCCACCACUUUUAAAAAUGUUUUUCUCGUUUGACCUCUCAAACAGUUCUGACAAUUUAAUAGUGUGCUUGAAAGAAGCUGAUUUAAGCUUGAUGUGUCAGAAAAAUCUAGUUUUAAGAUUUAAGCUAGUGAGCAUGUCUUUCAGUGCUUCCAUACGAUAUCUUUCCAAUAAUUCUCAUUGACAGCACAAUGUUCCUUAUCAAGUAAUAGAAAUAUAAACGUAGACCUUUUCUUAUGUUCAAUUAAAAGAAAUUCUUGGGACGCAUUGUGACGCCAUAUAUAUAUAUAUGUCCCCACAGACACAUUGUGCCACGUCUGCAGGUGCGCAGUGGCAUCAACUACACAGCCACAGACAAAGACGAUCUGCCCAAGGAUUUCAAAGGUCCUGGCAUGAAGGCAGUCACGUGGGAUCCAGCUAGUGGUGGAUCCAGCCCCAGUGUAGAGGCCAAUCUGCUGGUGCUAAAAAAUGUACUGCAUAAACAAGUAAGUUACCUUUGUGGAAAGUCUUGAGGUGCAUGUUCAGUAAUUUGUCUUUUUCACCGCUGAGCAUCAGUGAUCUUAUUGUGUUUAGGUCAGUAAGCUCUGAACAUGAUGCAGGCUAAAAUAAAAUUAUUUUGCUCCCUUGUCAGCACUAUAAAAUUUCUAACUUGUCUUGCUUGGAGUGUGAAACAUUGAUACAAUGGUAUGGAAGCAACAUAGUUAAUUCUCAGUGUAGUUCAUAUCAGCUGUAGACACUAAACUCUGUUGUGUCCAUAAAUAUAUUAGAAAAAGUCUUUGUUGACUUGGAAAGGUUUUAGAAUAAUGAUACUUAACUUUUACAAAGUAAGACAAGGUUUGGCAGUUGAACAAUGCAUGUACAUCCUUGUAAGCUAGGGGCUAUACCUCCCCAGCCGCAGUCAACCUUUAAGCGCACUAUUUUUGUAACUGCCCCAAUAUUGGACCGCAUUUUCUAAGCACCAUGCACCCCUGACUCCUAACUGUUUCAGGCCAACGUGGUGAGUGCUUUGACAGAUCUGGUCAACAAUGUUGUACCCGGUGGGUUCAUUCUGGUGCAAGAAGUAACGCACAACUUCCCGCUCUUUGUAGCCCUGGAGGGUCUACACCAGAACGUUACUCUGCCCACCACCAACGGCACUCGAGAGUACGGGCGCUUCAUGACCGACAGCACCUGGCAGUCGUACUUUGCCAAACGUGACCUUGACCUCGUGUACCGCAAGUCGGACGGCCUGCUGUCCACAAUGUAUUUGCUGAGGAAGAAGCCAAAGAUCCCCAUCAACCCGACCUUUAUCCACAUGGAGGGCCUUGAGUGCUCCUGGCUGGAGGACAUACAAAGAGAGAUGGCUCGUCUUGAGGCAGAACCCUCCGACAGUGGCAAAAGACUCUGGCUGGUAUCGGAGACGGCCAAUAGCGGUAUCUUUGGAUUUGUACAGGUGAGGGUGUAUGGCCUUAUCACACGAGACACAGUGGUGUACACACUAUUAGAACAAUUAACAUUGUUUGUAAUAUACCACUGAAUCCUCUAGAACCCCCCCCCCAAAAAAAAAAAUAAAAUACGCGGACUACAAUCGAAUAAAAAAUCUUUACACUCUAAGUCUACGGCUGAUGUCUAGACUUACUAAUGAAAAGCCAAACCUGCUUUGUAGUCACAUGAAGAUCCCUACUAUACUAAAUUGGACUGCAGAUGUGAUGUAAUCCAUGCCCUGAAAGAGAAGUACUGUCAAACCUGCUCUAACCGCCACCUGUC